CUCUCUCAGGUGUGGACACACCAGGCCAGAGGCAGGAGGGUAACUGCCCACCGGCCUUGACUGAGUCUGUAAGAGGCGGGGCAUCUGCCUGCCCUCUGGGCCACUCCUGGAGGCCGUUUCCCCUUGGCGAGCCCACGUCCCCCUUCUUCUCUCCCCAGAAGCUGGAAGCAAAGCUCUCUCCAUCCCUCUGUCCUCACUGGAAGUGACUUUAGGGGAGGCUGACCAAGCUGCCUGCCCACUUCUUGUGGCCCAGAAAUAAAAGGGACUCAGGAGACGGGGUCAGAAAGCCUUGGAGUCCUGGCAAGCGAUGCUGUGGCUGCUGUUCCUGACCGUCUUCCUCUUGGGGAGCUCCAUCGCUCGGACCCCAGCACCCGACCCUGAGAAUGAGCUGGUGGGCAUCGUCGGGGGCAACAGUGCCCCCCAAGGGAAGUGGCCGUGGCAGGUCAGCCUGAGGGUCUACGUUUAUCACUGGGCCUUCUGGAAACACGUCUGCGGGGGCUCCCUCAUCCACCCCCAGUGGGUGCUGACAGCUGCCCACUGCGUUUCCCGGAAGGACGCCGACCCGUCAGCCUUCCGGAUCUACGCCGGGAACGUGUAUCUCUGGGGUGAGGCACUACUCAACGUAAGCCGUGUCCUCGUGCACCCCAAAUACGUCACUACCAAUCUGGGCUCUGACCUGGCCCUGCUGCAGCUAUCCAAAGCCGUGGACAACACUGCUUACGUCAGGCCGGUCCAGCUGCCCUCCGCCUCUCUUGACGUCACCCCAGAACACCAGUGCUGGGUGACUGGCUGGGGCACUAUCAGCAUGAACCAGUCACUGCCUCCGCCCUACUGUCUGCAGCAGGUGAACGUGCAGGUGGUGGAAAACGAGGUCUGCAACCAGCAGUACCACAAGGCCUGCGGGCACUUCUUUGGCGACAGCAGGAUUAUCCAGAGUGACAUGCUGUGCGCCGGAAGUGAGGGCCGGGACUCCUGCUACGGUGACUCCGGUGGCCCUAUGGUCUGCAGGGUGAGCGGCUCCUGGAGCUUGGUGGGAAUAGUCAGCUGGGGCUACGGCUGUGCCCUGCGCAACGUUCCUGGGGUCUACACGCGCGUGGCGACCUACGUGCCCUGGAUCACAGAGCAAAUCGGGAGCAUCCAGGACUCCUUGACCGCUGGGGGAUGCAGCAGGAAGAUGCUGGGGAAGUGACAGGGGGCGAGGCCCCGGAAGCCCGAGAUUGCCUCCCUGUACCGUGUGCACCUGAUUAAAGAGCUUGAAGAGU